UCACUUAUGUUGUUCUGUGUAACUCAUUCAUUGUCAGUGUUUAUUUGGAUAUCAAUGAUCCCAAAAAUCAAUUGCAUUAUGUGCAUUAAAUGCACUACGCUCCGCCUUUGAUGGUGAAGCAAUUAUGAUCUCUCCUAUGCUAGUCGGGGCGUUUCGCUCAUUCUCAACCCGCUUACGAUUUUUUUUUACAGAUCUCAUCAUGAGGCCGGAUAAGAAGCAGGUGCGCCAUCACGACAGUCGAAAACGAGAAGAAAAGGCCAAGGCCAAAACCCCGGGAGCGGCCAAAGAUUCGGCUCAGAAUGCCAUCUCUAACGCCGUGGCUUCUGCUCCCGGUUUAGUGCCAGCUCAUUACUCUCAGUUCGACGACUCGAACCAUCGGAUUGAGAAAUACGCUCGUCGCAACAUCUCCAGCAAUUGGACCAAAUAUGAAAUUCCCUCGUCCGAAGAGGCCAAUUCUAGCGAGGAUGAAGCUCUCACCGGUCUAGACUUCAAUCUGGCUUUGGAAUCGGCGGGUGGGGCGGACUCACUUUUCCAACUCCGUUCUGAACGCGAAUGGAACGAUGACAGAGAUGCCAUGGCCUCAUUCUCCAACAAAUAUUUCGCCCUUGAUCUUCAUGAUUUGGAAGCAGCAAUCUCGUGUAUUCCACUUCAUCAGAAAAUCGAUUUUGGUCCGGUCAAUUUGGAGAAGGAGGAUCUUCUUUUGGAAAGACUGACCGAGAAAGCUGAAACGUUUUCCAAGAUGUACUCCGGAAACCGUUACGCCGACCAUACGGCAGCCCUGGCCCAAAAGAUGAUCAGCAAACUCAAAUCAAGCCCAGAUUCCACGAUCAAGGAUGUCUCGUUGUUACCAUACAUGCCAAAAAAAUCUGACGCGAAAACGAGUAUUGAACCUAAUCCUGGACCAAUCUUGGAGCAUGGUCGGCCAAAUCGCUCCCAUUCCGAGCGUACCAGUGCUCAAACUAAAAUACCCGCAGCGCCCAAAACCAAAUCUGCCUCUGAAACUACCGAGUUGGAGGAUUGGCUCGAUGACUUUCUCGACGAGUGAUAAAAUAACUUCUCGAAUACUGAUACGGGUAUUUUUU